CACAAUAACCGAAAAAUACAUUGGGGGUAAAGCGCGGAUUCAGAAAAACAGUUUUGAGAAGGAAGUUAACAUUUUAGUGCUGUUUAACUAUAUGCAUAACGGAUUACUUACGUUUCAGAUCUCUGUAAAGGUGUAUACGUUACUAAGCGUGUGAGUUUAAAUAAGUAGUAUGUUGUUUUUAUUUUCUUUCACGUUACCAUGAUUUCUUAGCAACAGUGUUAGAGUCACACUGGCCUCCACGCGGGCGUUCUUAUCUUUCAAAGCUAGCUAGCUAGUUGCUAGCUGACAGCUAGCGAACAGUCUGUUAGAUAACGUUUGAUUAACUAGAAACGUGGUUGUUUGUUGCUGUUAAAAUAUGUCAGGCUUUAAUUUCGGAUCCGGGGCUAUUGGUUCCACCAACACUGGCGGAGGGUUUUCGUUUGGAGCCGCUGCCAGUACCCCAGCUGCAGCAGGUACAGGUGGGUUUACUCUGAGUGGAGCUCUGGGCACUACAGCCCUAGCCACCACCACCACCACCUCUUCUCUGGGGCUGGGGGGGUCCCUGUUCUCUCAGAAACCUACUGGGGGGUUCUCCUUUAACACUCCUGCCUCAGGAGCUGUUGCACCCACCCAAGGCCUUACAUUAGGUGCCCCAGCAGCCUCUACAGCCCCCACCACGGGCUUCAGUAUGGCCUUCAAUAAACCCUCUGCCUCGGCCCAACCCUUCUCCCUCACUGCAGCCUCCUCAGCCCCCACAGGGGCAGGACUGACACUAGGCUCCGUCCUCACCUCCACCGCGCCACAGCAAGGAGCCUCAGGAUUCUCUCUCAACCUAGGGGGUGUGGCUGCAAGUACAGCCCCAUCCACAGGUCUAUCGCUGGGUUCCAGUAUGUUCUCUAACAUGGCUACUACUGGUCUGGGCCAGUCCACUCUUGGAGGACUGGGGUUUGCGUUAGGUUUGGGCCAGACCACUCUUGGAUCAGGGGGGUUGACGUUGGGUUCCCUGGUCUCUACCUCCGCGGCGGUCUCAGCGGCCCCCAGCCUUGGACUGGGUGGAGUCGACUUCAGCACCUCCUCAGAGAAGAAAAGCGACAAAUCAUCAGGGGCCAGCCCACAGGACAGUAAAGCUUUGAAAGAUGAACAUUUGCCUCCAGUCAUCUGUCAGGAUGUAGACAACUUCCAGAAGUUUGUGAAGGAGCAAAAGCAAGUUCACGAGGAGAUCAGCAGGAUGUCUUCUAAAGCCAUGCUGAAGGUUCAGGAUGACAUCAAGAGUCUCAAACAGCUGCUGUCUGUCAGCGCCUCGGGACUACAGAGAAACGCCCUGGCUAUAGACAAACUGAAGAUGGAGACCGCACAGGAGUUGAAGAAUGCAGACAUAGCUCUGCGGACUCAGAAGACUCCCCCUGGACUCCAACACGACAACACAGCUCCCUAUGAUUAUUUCCGGUGUUUAGUGGAACAGUUUGAGGUCCAGCUGCAGCAGUACAGACAGCAGAUAGAGGAACUGGAGAAUCACCUCACUACACAGGGCAGUGGAUCACACAUCACACCACAGGAUCUUUCACUGGCCAUGCAGAAGUUGUACCAGACGUUUGUGGCUCUGGCUGCUCAGCUCCAGUCAGUACACGAGAACGUCAAGACCCUGAAGCAGCAGUACCUGGGGUACCGCCGGGCCUUCCUGGAGGACUCCACGGACGUCUUCGAGUCCAAGAGGGUGGCCAGUAAGACGUGGCAGAGCGCCCCACGCAUCACCACCGGCCCCGCCCCCUUCAGCAGCGUCCCCAAUGCGGCGGCGGUCGCCAUGGCAGCCACGCUGAGCCAGCAGCAGCAGCCCGGCCCAGGUCUGACCUCCGCCUUCAAGUUCUAGAACCCUGACCCCCUCACCUUUUGACCUUUCACCUUACCACCCCUCAGUCUGAGAGAGGAAGGGGGGAGGAGAGAUACUGAGAUGUAGGGGGAGAGAAGGAAAGAGGGACAGAAUAAAAAUGUAGCCAGUGACAAACUUUUUGUUUAGUUUGUCUUUUCUUUUGCCGGAAAGAGGGAGAGAAAUGGAGGGAAGGAGAAAGAGGAGAUUGUAAAAGCAACAUAGUAAGUUCCAAACCGUGUUCAGUUUCUUUCUCCAGUGGUUCUGCUUGAUACGUGUGAGAAUACCCUUUCCUCACGGGCAUUGGACCCAAAGCAAUCUUUCUGAGGCAGUGUUGGAAAUGCCUGUUCAUGAACCUAGCAGGGGCCAUUACUCAGCUCUAUGCUUUUCUCCUCAUCUCUCCCUCUCUCCACCCCUCCUCUCUUCCCCCUCCCCUCCUCUCUUCCCCCUCCUCUCUCUUCUCCUCUCUCUCUCUCCCCCGCCAUAAGAGAAGCACUUCCUCUAGUGGGAAAAAUAAUGGAUGGGACCUAAGAUUAAUGAAAAGGUGUAGAGUGCUCAGAUCACUGGAGAUGAAACUGGAAAGCAGGACUCGUAUCUCUGGGUAUUCAUUCACAGCUCUCAAAUCUGUCCCAGACAGACUCUAGACUAAAAUUAUUUGAAUGCCAGGAGGCUGCAUUCUCUUUGGGUUCAGUCUCUUAAUUUAUAUUGAAUGGGUUCUUGAAUAUCUAUAUUUAAUGAAGGUGCUUUUUUGUGAAGCUGAACUGCUUUGAUUUUAUUGAGAAUAAAAUAUCUUAGGUAGUUAGUCUGGAGAUUAGGACGCAAGUGUCCAAAUCGGUUUAGUUCGGAAAUUGGGUCUCAACCUUUUUUUAAAUUAGGAAUUUCCUGUACAAACUGGUUUAGAUUAGGGCACAGUUGUGUCUGUGUGUUUUUAUAAAGCAGUAAUGUAGCUUUCACUGUGUGGUAGCAGUCUUGAUAAGCACUUAAAUCACACUCACUCACACGCACACACCAGCCUUAGACCACCUGAUCUCCAUUCCCAACUAGGUUGUAUGUAAUGAAUCAUCAUCUGUAUUUUUUCUCAGCAUCUGUCAUUUUGUCUUUGAUUGACAUGCUUCAGCUAUAUUUCAGGAUUACAUUUAAAAAGUUGACUAUCUGACAGUGUAUAGCCUAGUGUUUAAAGACGAUAUUGUCAUUUACUGUGCAGGUCAUAGAUCAAAAGGGUGUUUUGUGUUUUAAUUUCAGUGAAAGAUCGUUGAAGAUAUGCAUUCCUUUUUGUAACCACGGCAGCGUCUUUAGUUGUAAUAGCAAUAACAGCAGGCUCUGGUUGCUGAAGUGGCCAGGUGUGCAUGUGUCUGUCUGUGUAUUUGCAUUGUAGACAGGACAUUGACUGCCUCAGCCGGUAAUGAUCAUUGUACAGUAAUCUAAACACACACAGACAAGACACCCACUUCUACUUGACAGUCCAUAUCACUUUGAAUCCAUCACUAUGCAUUCUACAAUAACCUUUUGACUAAGAUAAUGAUUGUGAUUUCUCAGUACUUCCUACACACACUACUUAACACUGGCGGGUGGUCUACCAUGCAGGUUUACCUCAUUCCAGGAUAUAGAUGCCAGAGGGGCUGAUGUAAGACGGAACAGUCUGUCUGUAAGACGGAACCUAGUUCUCUUUAGUUUCAUAAUCCAUUCUAUUUAAUAGAAGGGAUACGGUGUUACAUCACUCACUAGUUUAGCAGGGGAGAGAUGGAGUGAACUUGCUGCUUGUAUCGACUGCCUUGGGAAGGCCAGUUGGAUCAUUAGUGCCAAAAAUCAGUAUUUUUCUCUAUUCUGAGUCGGCCAUUUUGUGCUCCAAUAUUAACCAACUGCUGCUCUGGACUGACCCGUCUGUCCGCCAUCUCACUCUAACAUUCCGGAACCACUCUGAAACUUUGAUUGUUCUAGAAUGAGUAGCUAAGUAGUUGUGGAACUGGAACACAGAUUAGUUCUGGAACUCUGUGAUUGGUUCUGGAACUCGUGGUCUGCUCUAGAUAGCAGACUCCUGUUAGUGUGACAGGGCUGGCUAACAGGACUAUGAUGAAUGUCUUGGGGCUUUAAGAGGGGUUCUAUGAGGUCAGAAGACUGCUAGUAGAAGACUAGUUGUGGUUGGAGUGACUGGCUGAGAGACUGUCCGUCCACUCAGACAGUGUUCAGACUCAGAGGAAUAGCUAGAUGGAGCCAGCGAUGUGCUGGGAUGUAUGUAGAACACUGGUAUUGGCUGGGAAAUGUAUUUUCCCUACUGGAUCAAACACAGAUGCCAAUUCUGUGGCCUGUUCAGGAGGGUGUGACGUUACAGAACGUUCAGAUAGAAAUGUGUUGCGUAAAACAGAUGUGAUUGUCUGUCAUGUAGAAUAGGGAAUCAUAUCAGCUCUAUUCAUUACAUUUCUAUCUCUAACGUACAGAACGUGUCACAUCCCUGAACACUGAUUCAGAGUGCUUUUGUUUAGAACAGCGUGUUUAAUCUAAAUAUAACCAAUGCUUGUUGUUGACGAUUAUGCAUAUAUCUGAUACUAUAUAAUAUUGUGUGCCUUUGAAACUAGACAUAUAUUAAUAGUAAUAAUUUUGCGAUGCAUUUUUUCUGGCACAUGCUAGUUCCUUCACUCUUGGAAUCUUGAAUAGUUUUGGAAAACUUGUGAAAUGCAAUAUAGCCGCUAGGAAUUAACAAUCGGUUGUGUCCUUUAACUGUGUCUGUUUUAUGGAAGUGGAAUUGCUUUAAAUUGACAAUAAAUGCGUUUUUAAAGGAG